AUGGAGCAGCUGGAGCAGCAGGAGCCCACAGAGUUCAUCCUCGACGUCUUUGCAGAUCCCCGCUCCGUUCGCGACGUCGUCAAAGGAAUCCUUCAUACAAUCUUCUUCCAUCGCUUCUUCCCUGCCCUAACGCCUCGCACCCGCGACGUCCUCGACCUGGCCCUUCCCUAUGUCGAUGACGACGAAUUAGAGACCAUGAUCGACCAGAGGGUCGCUGCUCUCGAGCGCCAGCUUGAUGCUGAACGCUCUGGAGCUGGCGCAGUUGGCACAACCGGCGCCACCGGAGGAGGCCGUGGUCAGCUGGCUGUCCAGUUCUUUGAGAAGCGUCGCCGCAAGGCCUGGUUGUCUCGCGGCGACGACGAAGUCUGCUGGGAGCGCUGGACCGUCAAGGUCACCGUCGCCGAACCCAAAACUGAGAGUGAACGAGCAAAAGUUCGCCGUGCAAUGGAGCAGACCCUCCUGACGACAGUCAUUAAGAUUGUGACAUUUGCAAACUCCCACAAGGAUCAUAUACCUCCCAUCACCACACAGGCGACGAACCCUUUCCCAUACAAGAUCAACAUUGAUCAGAAAGAGACCAGCUGGGCCUCGCGCAUGCGCAUAUACUGA